GUCCCCUCCCAGGUGUUGUCACUCGGUCCAGCUCUCGGUCCCUCACUCCGUCUCUGCCGCCGGACUUGCAAGGAUGCUGUGCGGGGGAGUGUCGGCCGCCAAGCCGGCCACGGCCGAGACGCAGCAGAUCGCGGACCAGGUAAAGGCACAGCUUGAAGAGAAAGAAAAUAGGAAGUUUCCAGUCUUUAAGACUAUGGAAUUUAAAAGUCAAGUGGUUGCUGGAACAAACUACUUUAUUAAGGUUCAUGUUGGUGAAGAGGAAUUUAUACAUAUUCGAGUGUUCGAAAGUCUCCCUCAUGAAAACAAACCAUUGGUUCUAUCCAGUUAUCAAACCAAGAAAACCAAGAAUGAUGAAUUAGUCUAUUUUUAAUGCACUAUUUUGAAUAGUGGCCCUUUGUUCUUUUAUGUGGGUACAUUAGAUACAUCAUAUGGGCAGGUAUUAAAAUUUGGGACAAUAAAAGAAAUCUGAUAUUUAA